CGCGUCUUUACUCAGUGCCUUUGCCUCUAUUGGCAUUCGUAACGACCGACUCUUUAUUGAGUCCAUUCCACGUGUGCGUCAUGUGGGGCAGUAUGGUACACCGAAAGACAUCACAAAUGUGGUCUACGCCUAUGCGAAGGUCGGUUUGUGGCACUACAAAUUGUUUGUGCGAUUGGCAGAUCGUGCCAUUCAAUUGCGUGGCGAAUUCCGUUGUGACCACGUUGCACGUUUGCUUGAGGCGUAUGCACGUGUAGAAAUGCGGUAUGAAAAGCUCUUUGUGGAGUUUUCCCCACGUAUCCAGACCAUUGCUCACCUUCUUACAGCUGGCGAGGUGACAAAAAUCGUUUCUGCCUACGCAAAGGUGCGUAUACCUGAUGUGGGAGUCUUUAAUGCCUGCGGUGAUCGUGCAGUGACGGUGGUGGAUACAUUUGAGUUGGAUGAGGCGCAACAGGUUCUUGCCGCUUUCCGAAAGACACGGAACAACCAUGAUGGUUUGAUGGCAUCGUUUACAAAGAGGUUCCCGGAGGCUGUGGCGACAAUUCCGCCAAUGGAGGAAGAAGAGGUGGUGGAGGAUACAGCGACAUUUGCCGCGUCCACCGCUGCCAGCGCGCAGGAAAAAGAGAAUGAAGUUGAGGGAGAGGGCGUCGGUGUUGUUGGCGCGUAA